CAGACAGCAGGCAUCAGGGGUCCUUCUUCAGACUCACGGCGCUCGAUUCUGACUGCUGGAAGUGUUGAAUAUCUAAUUAAAAUAAUAUUUUUCACUAAUAUUCAGGAGGAUUUACCAUCUACGGGUUAUGGAGGAGGUGGACGUGGAGCCCAGCACCACGUUUGUUCCCGCUGCUGGAGUUCAUCAGAAACACUUGGGCUUUGAAUGGGGACCUGGAGAUCUGCUAGUUUACGAGACUAACUACAAACUAAAAGGUUCGAGCUCUGCCGGCUCUCCGCUGGUGCACGUGGUGAGGAAAGAUGAAGACAUCUGCUCGCCCAUCCUGUGCAAGCUCUUCAACGAGUCGCAUCUCAUCUUCAUGGGGCUGCAGAAGAUCAAAGAGGAUGCGCCCAGCAAAAACAAGAAGACGCAGUUUGUAAGCAUCAGCAGGAACUACAGGUCUGUGAUCAGAGCCUGUAUGGAGGAGCUCCAGCAGAACGCAGUUUCAGCACAAGAUGGAUCUUUAGCAUCGCAGUAUGGAGAUCAGGUCUCUAUUCUCCUGGCCAUCGAGCUGAUCUGGAACCUGUGUGAGGUUCUGUUCAUCGAGGCAGCUCCAGCCGGAUCUCUUCUUCUCCACUUGCUGAACUGGGUGCGUCUGCAUAAGUCAGAUGUGGACACCAGAGCCAGAGAAGUGCUGCAGAGCGAAAACCCCACUCAACACCAGGCCUACUGGGACGUGGUGACCAGUUUAGUCCUGCAGGGCCGCAUGGAUGAAGCUCGUCAGAUUCUGUCCAAACAGGCGUCUCUGCGGAUGGAGAGCAGCUCAGUGUUCAAGCGCAUGGACACACUCUUACAGACUAUGCCCAUAUUCAACCCUGCAGGAGCUCAGACUCUGACUGAGUUUGAUGUGAAAUGGAGACACUGGCAUGAGGAGUGUGACCGCUGUCUUCAGGACCACACAUUCGCCAGCAGCGCAGAGCUGGAGACUCUCUGCAAGAUUCUGCUGGGUGAUGAAGAUGUGAUUCUGGAGCAGAAGGAUCUGAUGAGCACCUGGUAUCAUUUUCUGGUGUCUCGGCUGCUCUUCACUCACCCCACCAUCAAACCUCCUGACCUGCACUACUACGCUCAGUCAAGUAUGAACAUGUUUCUGGGUCCACGGGCGACGCCAGAGCCUCUGGACAUCAUCCUGCUGUCUGCGUUUGAGUUUGACCUGCAUCAGGUGAUCAAAGACUGCAGCAUCGCGCUCAACAACUGGUGGUUUGUGGCUCAUCUGACAGACCUGCUGGAUCACUGCAAACUCCUGCAGUCACACAACCUGCAUUUUGGGUCCAAUCUGCGUGAGUUUCUGGUUCUGGAGUACGCCUCGGGUCUCUUCACACACCACAGACUGGGAUCCGCACUGUCCUGGAGCAUCAGAGCUAAAGAUGCCGCCCUCGCUACGCUCAUCUCCGAGAGGUUUCUUCAGGAUUACAGUAAUAAAGGCUCUUUCGCAGAUCUGGAUGUGUUGGAUAAUCUGGGUCCUGCCAUGCUGCUCAGUGACAGGCUGACGUUUUUAGGAAAGUACCGUGAGUUUCACAGGCUUUAUGGUGAGAAUCGAUUCUCUGAUGCGGCCAAACUCCUGCUGUCGCUCAUGAUGGCGAAGAUCGCUCCACGCAGUCUGUGGAUGACCCUGCUGACUGACGCACUGCCACUGCUGGAGCAGGAGGAGGUGAUCUUCACAGUGGAUCAGACGUAUGAGCUCAUGUCCUGUCUGGAAGAGCUCAACUCAGGAACCAAAGACUCCAACCAGAUGGAGCAGGAGGAUGAUCUGGAGUCCACGAAGAUGGAGCUCUUGCGAGCGGCGUUGGCUCGUAAUCUCGCUACGGCCAUCGUCAAAGAGGGGACCGUAGAAACAUAAGUUCAUCUGAUCGUCCAGCUGUUUUUUUCUGUAUAUAAAUCUGAAGAAAUGUGACCUCUUUAAUAAAACCUUUUUGCAGUUUUUGCU